AUGACAAUAGAAUUAAUAACAAAUUUAGAAAACCAUAAAAGACGAAUAUGGAGCAUUUGUUGGAGUCCAGAUGGCAAUUUUCUAGCAUCAGUUGGGGCAGAUAAAUAUAUAACAAUAUGGUAUAAAAAAAAUGUCAAUAAAAAUGUCAAUAAAAAUAAUAAUUUGAAAAAAUCUGAAAAAAAGUAUAAUGAAAAAUAUGGAAUCGAAUUUGGUAUAUAUGAUAUUAUCGAAACAAAUCAUGAAAAAUCUUUGAGACAUAUCGAAUUUUCGAAAGAUGGAAAUUUUUUUAUUGUGGCUUCUUUUGAUUCAAAAUGCUCAAUUUAUGUUAAACACAAAAAUAAUAAAUGGAAAUUUUAUAAAACAUUAGAAGGACAUGAAAAGGAAGUUAAAUGUGCUUCCAUUCAUCCUACCAAUAAAUAUAUCGUUACUUGUGGCCGAGAUAAAAGCAUUUGGAUACACGCAAAAAGUAAGGUCCUUGCUCCAGACAAUAAGGAACACAAGGAAAAUAAAGAAAAUAAGGAAAAUAAAGAAAAUAAAGACAGUAGCAAGGAAAAUAAGGACGAUAAGGACGAUGAGGACAACUCUUUUCAGCUCGAUGAGGACAACUCUUUUCAGCUCGAUGAGCAAGCCAACAAAGCCGUAAGCGAUUCUGAUAAAAAUCGUCAUAAAGAAGGAAAACAAAAUGAUAUCAACAAUGCAGAAAUAUUGAAUAAAAAUGAAUUAAAUAAUAAUGAAGCAUUUGAUUUUAAUUUUGAUGCUUAUUUAACGGCACAUACUGAAGAUAUAAAAUUUGUAACAUGGUGUCCAUUAAGUGAAACUACUUUUAUAUCUCUUUCAUAUGAUAACUCACUAAAAAUAUGGAACAAAAAAAAUGAUGAAUGGUAUUGUAUACAAACAAUAAAUGAACAUAAAUCAGUUAUUUGGUGUGCUGCAUUUAAUUUUGAUGGUUCACAAUUUGCUACUUGUUCUGAUGAUAAAACUAUAAGAAUAUGGCAAAGUAAUAAAAAAAAUUUAUAUAAUGAAUUCAAAUAUCCUUUUCUUUAUCGUCAAUUAAUAAAAGAUGAAAAUAAUAAUUCAUUUUAUUUUGAUAUAAAUGAAAAAUCGACUAAUCACAAUUGUUCAUAUAGUGAUCAAAAUGCAAAACAAUUGUUAACCAUGUAUACAAAAAAUAAUUUUCUUCCAUUAUAUUUCCAAUAUGGAAUGUUUAAAACUGUGUAUUCUUAUCAAAAUAAAUCUGAAUUAGAAACUGAAAAUAACAAUAAUAAUACAUCACAAAAAAAAGAGUCUAUUCAAAAUAACUCACAAAACUAUUUAAAUAAAACAACGGAAGAAAAGACAAAUUUUACCAACGAAGAAAAAAAAAAAUUUACCAACGAAGAAAAAAAAAAAUUUACCAAUGAAGAAAGUCAAAAUUUAACAUAUCUAAGCACCCCGAACAAGAUCAAUACUACAACUUAUUCCGAACGAAAUGAAGUUGCAUAUAAAGAAACAAAUUGUUCAUCCAUUACUAAUUUUCAAAAUAUAAUUUUUGAUGAUUGGAAAAUAAAAGAUAUCAUAGAAGGUUACCAUAAAAGAAGUAUUAGUUAUUUAGAUUGGAAUAUGUUUGAAGAUUUGAUAGCAACAUCUUCUUUUGAUAAUUCGUUAAAAAUAUUUUCGAAAAAUAAUAAAACAUGGAACUUAAUAGAAAAUGUUGAAGAUGCUCACAUAAGUGAUGUUAAUUGCGUAGUUUGGUGUCCACAAAAAUAUCAGAAUUAUUAUAUUUUAGCUACAACGGGAGAUGAUUGUGUGGUUAAUAUAUGGAUGUAUAAAAAAGAAUAA